CGCCGCGGUUCUGAUCCGGGAUACAGUUCGGAACGGUUUUGGAGGCGGGUUUCAAAAUGUAGCUCGACACAAACCGUUUCGGUUCCCAAUCCGGAUCAGCAUUAAUGGUACAGUCUCAGUAACGGUGUAAGGAGGACACCGGCGUUACGUCGAGCCAGAACCGGGACGGGGGGCCGGUGAGACAGACCGGGUCCUAUGUGGGUUAUCCGUCCGAUAAUGGAGUCAGUCCUCCAGGUACCACAAUUAAAGGAAACGGAACCGGAUCAGACGGCUCGAUGGAUGUAGGCCAUGUCAGUCCAGAUCAGUUCUGCUCUGACAGACCGACAUCAGACUUUAUGGCCAUCAGAACCGGUCUACAGAUGUACCUCCACCUGGGCUUCCUGACCCGCCCACCGUGAGCAGUCAUGCCCACCAACAGGCGGAGUUUUGAGGAGGGAUGGAACCUGUGAUGGAAUCCCAAAUUUCCACCUGCACCCUCAAUGCACUCCUGCUGAUCGCCAGCACACUGGUUUCCAUGGCGACCUCAAGCUCAUCUGCUGCAGGUGUGCUGGACUUCAACAGGACUGCUGCUGCCUCUUCAUCACCCUCGUCCUCCCCCCUUGGCGCCCUGGCUCAGAGCCCACUCACAGAUGCCGGAAACCAUGGUAAUGGUGCCAGUGCAGACUUGACAGAGGACUCAGGCGCUCAGGUCCACCUGCUGCUGACACCCCCGGACCUCCUGUCCCCGAGCCUUCCCCCAGCCCUCCCGCCUCUUAUCCAUCAGACGCUCACUCCCCCUCCACCCUGGGGGCAGGGCCCCACCCUGGACGAGGCGUGGGGAUCUGGGGACUACCUGGAGACGUUGUCCUUCAUGGUUCCUGAUGGCGAGGAGCUGUCUCUGGCCACACCCCUGCCUAAUGGCCCUUACGAUAAAGACGAGGGGGACCACUGGGUCUCUUUCAACAUUUCCUUCCCCACCCGACCCACACUUCCACUCUCUUCCCCCUUCCUCCUUUCACCUUCCUCCUCUGUGCCAAAUAUUCCUGUCAGGGCGGGGCUGCACACCCACAUGGUCCAGAUAGACACCUUCCCCGCCUUGGAGGAGGAGGAUUAUGACCUGGAGGACCUGAUGCCUCUGGAGCCAACGGAACUGCUGCUUCCGGACAUGAACAGUUUUGAGUACUAUACCAACCUCCUCGCCCGUGAAAGAGAGCGUGCCAGAAAUCGAGAGGCUCGCCCAGAAAAGGGCGUGGUUGAGCAGCCUUCCUCCAAACCCACCAUCAGUCCGACGACAAUAACCACACCCAUUCACACACUCCUGCAACCUCCGUCUCCGGCCCCAAGCUCACGGCCUCCGCCUGGGCCUGAAGACAGACGACCUUUGACACCAGUAGGCCCCACCCCUCCUCUUGUCCUUUCACCCACUCUCACAGUCCAAUUGUUAGCACCCACUCCCACCUUAAAACCGCCUUCCACCAAACCUUCACCACAACCACCAAUCCUGGAUCAAUAUCCUGCACGAGCUCCACCCGACACUACCAGCCGCGCUCCGCCGCCGACUCCACCAGAACACCCCACUCGGUCCGAAAGGCCUUCAGAUCACAAUUUAACAGAGUCCCAGGGGCCCGUCACAGCAAAGACCUUGCCCCCCAGGCACAAAACCACCACAACCAAGGUAACCACAUCAACCACCGCCAUCACCACCACAACCCAGAUCACAGCCAUCAGCCUGACCAGAUCCCCGCCCGUCACCACGCCGAGGGUGGUCCAGACUCCGCCUUCCAGACAGUACAUGUGCAAUGUCACCAAACCGGAGAUGUACCUCGUCAGAGUUGUGAGCUCCAAAGGUUCAUCUCCUGGCUUCAGUCACGUCAGAGAUGUUUUGAAGCGAAGCUUCAACCGAUCCGUCGAGCUGCAGUUCCUGAGAACGCCGUCCAGUUUUGCUUUCCGGGCCGUGUCAGGACCGCUGAUCUACACCGCCAUGUCUGUCAUUAACGCCCUCCGUCAACCGGUGAGAGGUUCUGUGCCCAUACCCUCUGUCUCACCUCUCUACACCAUACCAGACCUCAGGUACCAGAUCCACUCGGUUCUGCAGUUUGUUCCGAGCCACGUGGAUGUUCGAGUUUGUAACUUCAGCGAGCGAGUGGAGAGCGGUCUGCAGAAGGCAUACUCAGCGACUCGCCAGCGCUCACACGAAGUGGGCAACGUCACGGUACAGCUGCUUAACAUCACCACAGGUGUGGCCCGGGUGGUACCAGAGCAGAAGGUUCCAGUAGACAUCACCUUUGCUGUGCGUGAUGGGCGAGGCUACCUGCCAGGGUCAGAGGUCAGCGAACACCUGAGGAAGCUCAGCCUGGUGGAGUUUAGCUUCUACGUGGGAUUUCCUGCUGUGCAGAUCGCAGAACCGUUCUACUACCCUGAACUCAACACAUCUCACCACCUUCGCUCCACAUGGGUCCGUACAGUGCUACUGGGUGUUCAGGAUCAAACGGUUACUGAGCGAAGCUUCAAGGCUCGUUUGGAGCGACGCCUGGCUCUGCUGCUGGAGGAGGGACUGGGAGGAACCAACAGGGGGCGCUGGAAGAGAGCCACAGCUGUGGGCAACAACAACCUGCAGGUGGUGCGUUUGGAGAGGUUGGCAGGAGUGGAGCGCCCCCUGGUGGUGUUGUAUUUUGUGGAGGGUCCAGGUGGCGAACGUGUCCCCGCUGAGGAAACCGCCAGCACCCUAAACCGCGUAGACCUGCAGAGAGCUGCCAUCAUCCUGGGCCACCGAGUCCAGAGACCACUGGCCCAGCCUGCGGAGACGCUGCCUGUGCCACCAGCAGAGACGCAGAGCAGCAGCAUCUGGCUGAUUGUGGGCGUGGUCGUCCCCGUGUUGCUUGCCGUCUUUAUCAUCAUCAUCCUCUACUGGAAGCUGUGCGGCUCCGAGAAACUGGAGUUCCAGCCAGACGCCAUCAACGCUAUCCAGCAGAGGCAGAAGCUGCAGGCCCCCACCGUGAAGGGCUUCGACUUCGCAAAGCUCCACCUCGGUCAGCACAGUAAAGAUGACAUCAUGGUCAUCCAGGAACCAGGGCCAAUCCCCGCCCCCACCAAGGAGGCCACACCCUCUGAUGGUGGAGACCUCAACACUCCAAAAUCCAAGGGAUCAUCCACGAAAGCGGUGCAGUCCGUGCACCACAGGGGCAGGCUCAGCCCAUCAGAUGGUGACUCGUUGGGCAGCGACCAAUCAAGCGGCAGAGAAUCUGCAGAGGAAAGCACCCGGCCUGUAGCCACGCCCAGUGAGGGGAAACCGCACCAAAAGUUGUCCAAAAAUGGCAGAAGUAAAAUCGGCAGCGGUCCAGAGGAGCUGCUGUCAUCGUCCUCCAUCUUCGACCACGUGGACCGCCUGUCCCGUGGCUCAUCUGAUGGUGUGCGCCGCCAGGCCAACAAGGUGCAGCUCAUCGCCAUGCAGCCGCGACCGAGCCCGCCGCUGCCGCUGCACACAGAAUGCCAGCCAAGCCCCGCCCUCACCGAGAAGGUCAACACAGAGGUGGCGCUGAGACACAAGUCGGAGAUGGAGCACCACAGGAACAAGCUGCGACAACGCUCCAAGAGGCGAGGCCAGUGUGAGUUCCCAUCCAUGGAUGACAUCAUGGAUGCAUUUGGCGACGGCCCCGUGCAGAGUGAAGCGGCACAACGUCUCUACAGCUCCGCCCACGACCACAUGGACUGCAUCCUGCAAACCGACGCCCACUCGCCACCGACCCCUGUGGACUCCAGGAAGAGAGGGAGGCGCUCUCCUCGGGGUCAGCGACCUCAGCAAGGACCUGGAAGUCUUCCCGACACAGACAGAGACCGGCUCCUCACCGAUCAGAGCGCCACCUACAGGAAAUAUCCAGGUCUCAACAAUGUGGCAUACAUGUCAGACCCUGACCUGCCCCUGGGCCACGCCAGCCCCUCCCCCACCGAUGAAGUGUUUAACUCCGCCUCAGCUCCACCCCCUUACAUGCCACCCCAACCCUCCAUUGAGGAGGCUCGGCAGCAGAUGCACUCCCUCCUGGACGACGCGUUUGCCCUCGUGUCGCCAUCGUCACAGGGCAGCGCCGGCCCGAGCGGUGUUAGCCCCGCCCUGCCUGGCCCCUCCCCUCAGGGCCAGCCUCCCGGACGGCAGUGGGGCUCUUACCCAGCAGCCCCUUCUCACAGCCCUUUCUCUGUGAGAUACGCUGAGUUAGGAAUGUCUCCCACGUCAGUCCAAGGUCUGCUGCACAGACAGGGACUGAGCUCAGCGGGAUUUGUUUCGACUGGAGACCAGCUGCAGGAGUCGGUUUACUCCAACAGGGGGCAGUAUGAUGACCUUCCAUCCUCCUCCAGACCUCGGCCUGUAGGGGGCAGUACAGGAGCGCAGCUCCACCAUCUGACCCAGGUGGGUCUGUCCAGUCAGAUGGGGGUCUAUCCUGCGGUGGGCCGCAGCCUGUCAGGCCCCACGGGCUCCAGCUGGAACCAGCAGCACUCAGACCAGGACCUCUCCAGGCCAGGAGCCAGCAGAGAGAGUGUGCUGUCGUUUCCCGAGUUAUCUUCUUCCUCCGUUUUCCAGAUGCCCGCCUCCUUAAUGCGGGACCCCUCAGCUCCGCCCCUCCUCCUGACCUCUCCGACACCAGAGUACCUACCAGAGGACGCCUCGCCGUCCGCCCAUACCUCCGCCUCUCUGAUCAAAGCCAUCAGAGAGGAGCUGCGGCGCCUGGCCCAGAAACAGGCCGCAGUCACCAGCUACCCUUAAACCGCUGAACAGGACCAAACCGUUGUCCUUUAAACCCGGUCUGAGGCUGCCAGAACCGGAUCAACACCCUCAGCAGGUAAACAUUCUGGAUGACUUAGAUCUGUGUCCCAAAGGACUCUGGACAACAACUCACAUCUGGCUUCUGACUCAAACGGUACAUAACAGGGUCCGUGUCCUCUGUCCUUCAGCUCAGUCUCUCAUUGGACGGGAGUUUGUCUCCUCGUGUUUCCAUCAAAGUGCUUCCCAGAGUGGAUGGUCCCCGACCUCCUGUGGUGCUAAUGUCAGCCUCCUAUAGGCCCCUCCUACUGACCACACAUUGCCUUCAUCAGCUCCACCCAUACGUUGUUUGGUAUUUAAUAUCUCCUUUUACAAAUUAAUUAAAUAACUGUGUCAGUGUCAUUGUGAAAUUCUAAAAUUAAUCCAGAAAAACAAAUUUGUACCAUUUCCAUCAGCAGGGAAAUUAAAUAAAAAAAUAUUUUAUGUUUGUAACCAAUUUAAACCAGUUUACAUUUAAAAUCAGUUUGAAGGAGUUUUUUUUAAGACAGUUUAUUUUUUAAAAGCACAAAUAAAACCUGCAGCUACAAUUUGGAGAUGAAUGUAAAAUAAUAAUAAUAAAAAAAAACGUCUGGUUUUUAUGAUGGAAACUUUUAAAAUGGAAAUUAAAUAACUUUUUGUUUUUAGGGUUUUAAAUUUGUUUCUCCCCAGAAAAUUUCACAGAAUAAACUUGCCGCCAUCAGCCAUAUUGGCGAGAUGGCACACUGUCGACAGCUGCUCAGUUUACGAAAAAUGAGAUGUAACUAUAUAAAACAAAUAAAAAAACAUAAUAAAUAUAUAUAUAUAUAUAUAUUAUAUGUAAGAGAUCCCAAUGAGCACAAUAUUAAUGUAUGUAUGCAAGUUAUUUUUGCUUCUAUAUAAAUUUUAUUUUGAGAGAAAAAAAUGACCAAAAUGCUGUUUAAUGGCUGUAUUCCUCUUGUGUUUGAUCUCGUGUUUGGGUUUUUAACGUUGCUUAGCAUAGCCGCUCGCCCGUUUGUCCGUGUUAGUGGCAAGAACAUUAAAAAACAGCUUUGAUGUAAACGUUUGUUGCUCUCAAAGCACUCGAGUUUGUUGCAGGGUUUUUAUUUAUUUUAAGGACAGAAAUUACAGGAAGUCAUGUGUCACAAAUAACUCUCAUUCCUUCCAGAUGGAACCAAAUUGAACCUCUGCAGCCAUGAUAGCGCCCCCUGGAGUCUAUGGAUUAGACUGCAGACCUGUUGGCCAAAAAAGUGUCUUACCUAUUCUUUGUAUUAAUGCUAGCAUUAGCAUGCUAACAACAAAUAAUUACUAAUAUAACUAAUAUAAUUAAGGAAAAGCCUUGUAUGCCGCAUAAAUACAGCCACAUAUUGUCACGCCGGUGACUAGUCUGACGUGGAAGCAAACCGGACAGAAUCAAUUCUUCCUCCACGCUAUUUUAGCUCACAUCAUGCGACCUUUCAAAAUGGUGGCACCCUUCGUUUUUUGCCAAUAUUUAGACAAUACUUCAACAGCUUUUGCCACAACCUGCAAAUUAUAAAUGCCAGGCAGUGCCCCCUUUGGGCUGUAAUAUUCAUGACAAAGUACAGGGUAAAGUUGUUAGAUUAAAUAAAGCUGCUAACAGUACUCAUGCUAACAUGCUAAUGCUGUUGCUAACAGAAGGACCACAUUCGAAAUAAGUGUUUUACACUUUAUUUGGUAUCCUUGGUAAUUUAUUUGCAUGUACAUUUUACCAUGUGCCUUUUUAAGUACCAAAUUUAAACCAAAUCUAAUAAUAAGCUAACUUCAGAACAUGAAUUUACAGUUUAGCUGCAUACGUUAGUUUUGGAAAAUUCUUGAUUUGUGUGUUAAUGAAUAUGAUUGGAUCUAUGUGGUUCUGUAAUUUGUGAAUCUGUGAUCGGAUUCUUUAUUAAGCGCCUUGGGGCAACUGUUUGUUGUGAUUUGGCGCUAUAUAAAUAAAAUUGAUUGAUUGAUUGAUUCUUUGAAACAGACGUGUAUUUCAAAUCAGUCAGUUUAAUCCUGAUUUGGUUCCUGAGGUUUGAGAGGAUGAUUUGUGCUUUAACCUUUUGAAUCGUGAUGUCGAUGUCGUGUGCAGGCAUGCUGCUGAAAAAAUAAUAUUAAUAAUAAUAAAAAUUAAAGUUUACGUAUCGAGUUCAGAGUGAGCAAACGUCACAGUGACAUCAGCCAUCAAUCAUCCAAUCACAGACAAGAUAAUACACCAUGUGAGCUUGUUUUUGUUUACACAAGAUACUUUGAAUGUAACUGAAAAUCUUCAACAGUUGGUGUUGUAUAGAAAAUAUAAUCUAUUUAGGAUCUAUUAUUUGUGAACAGACAAAGCUCUGCAACAGUGCCAAUAAGCCCCGCCCACAGACAUGCACCUGUCAGUCAGGCUGUAGGACUUGGUCACGCCCACUCAUCAGCUGUAAAAAUCAAAGUUUGAUUUUGUGUUCUGGUGUUCCUCACCGUGUGACGAUUACGACAAAAAACGUUAUGAACAAACAAAUAAAAAAACAACAACAAACAUGACCAGUCCAAUGAAUGUUGGAGUGAAACAAAAUGACAAAACUAGUCAGAAUAUUUAAUGAUACAUCUGAUUCAUUAGGAGAAAAAAAACAAAAAAAACAAUGCAAAUCAAAUAUUCAAAAAGAAAGAAUGAAAUUCUUGAUUUUAUCAAUCAUUUAGUGAUUGGUGGUUUUUAGUGUGAGCCCUGAUUGGUUCGUGAGUUGUCACAUGACCCGCAUUGUUUCAGUGGGUCUGUAAUAAUAAACGCUGAGGAGAACCAGAACCAGGCGUGAAACUAUUGAUCUGAACCUUUGGGUGGUUUGGAUCGAUGAAUCUUUCUGGUGUUUGACAGAUUGUUGAACAAACAAAUAAAAAAAAUGUUCACAGUAAA